AGGAAGUGAUUCUGGCAGUGUAGAGAAAGCUACCCCGGGAAGCCGAAUCCGUGCAGUGGCCUGGAGAUUGACCCCUCUCCCAAUCCCCAACCCCUUUUCCAUCCGUGUGGGCUGGCAACUUCCAGAAGCUUCUCGCACCCUCCAGUCUGAUGUCUUGCGAUAAAUUAUGGCACAGCGGUGCCUCAGCCCAGCUGGUGCCCAUCGAGGAACUGGAGAACCCGGAGUUGAUAGGCAGAGGCGGAUUUGGCGUUGUCUUCCGGGCACAGCACAGGACGUGGGGUUCAGACGUGGCGGUGAAGAUCGUGAACUGGCAGGCGAUAUCCAGGGAGGUGAAGGCCAUGGCAAGUCUGCAUAACAAUCACGUGCUGCUUCUGCUGGGGGUCACAGAGAAGCUGGAGUGGGAGUACGUGUCUGGGCCAGCGCUGGUGACCGAAUUCAUGGAGAACGGCUCCCUGGCCGUGCUCCUUCAGCCCCAGUGCCCUCGGCCCUGGCCGCUCCUCUGCCGCCUGCUGCAGGAGUUGGUGCUUGGGAUGUGCUACCUGCACAGCCUGAACCCUGUGCUUCUACACCGGGACCUCAAGCCCUCCAACGUCCUGUUGGACUCAGAGCUGCAUGUGAAGCUGGCAGAUUUUGGCCUGUCCACGUUUCUCGGGGGCUCUCAGUCACAGACAGGAUCUGGGGAGUCAGGGUGCACCCUAGCGUACUUGGCCCCAGAACUGUUGGCUGAUAUAAACCGGAAGGCCUCCAAGGCCAGUGAUGUCUACAGCUUCGGGAUCCUAAUGUGGGCAGUGCUAGCCGGAAGAGAAGCUGAGAUAGUGGACCAUAAGUCACUGGUGCGGGAAGCAGUGUGUGAGAAGCAGAUCCGGCCCCCACUGACUGAGCUGCCCCAGUCUGGCCCUGAGAUUCCCGGUUUGGAAGUACUGAAGGAUUUAAUGCAGCACUGCUGGAGCCAUGAGCCCCCAAAGAGGCCCUCCUUCCAAGAUUGCCGACCAAAAACCCAGGAAGCCCUCCACCUGGUAACGAAAGGAGAUGUAUCUGGUAAAAAGAUGAAUGCUGAAGUCUCCAUGGUGAAGGAGUUCCUGUCUGAGCACAGGGGCAGCAACAGGUUGUUGUCUGUCCUCGAGCCAGGCCCGGAAAGUACAGAAAUGGAUGGCCCUGGGGGAACCACAGGAAGCCAGGAUUCCGUGGUCUCUGAAAUGAGAAACCUGAAUCUGGAGGGGUACCCCAGCUUUGUUCCUGAAAAAUAUACAAACCUUGAAAGCAUCAGGGCCCAGAGAGAGCAGGUUCAGCCUGCGUGGACAGCAGAGACAUCUUCAGAUUCAACAGCCCAACCUCCUCAAACUCCAGAGACCUUACCUUUCAGAAACGAGAAGCCCAGCCUCACCUCAUCUUGGACCCCAGGUCCUGGACCCCAAGAGAAUCAGGGGGCUAAGGGACGUGACACCAACUGGCCUCCUCGGGCACCAGGGCUAAAUCCAGUACCAGGGCAACUGCUUCCUAACAUAAUUCACAGCCAAUGGAUACAGAUUGGAAACAGCAACCACAUGACUAUACAACGAGAAACUGCCUCACCUCGGGGCAGGAAUAGGGGCUGCCAGCGCGCCCCCAAGAAGUAGGUUCCAAAGAAGGACGGCAAGAACCUGAAGCCUGGAGUGAGCCACAGGGCUGGUAUCAUAACAGCAGGAAUUGAGGCAGCUUCUAAACUGCCUCCUGGACUUGAGGCAGCUAGCCUAGACUUUCUCUAAGGACCAUCAGGCCUGCACCUGAACUGUCUUAAUGGCCCCAGGAGUCAAUAAAUGUGAUGGAAU